UCUCUCUGGGUCGGGAAGAUGGCGGCUUCCACCGCACAGCCGCAACUCCUGGUGCAGUACUUGGUGCUACGGAAGGAUCUAUCGCAGGCUCCGUUCUCCUGGCCAGUCGGAGCUUUGGUGGCGCAGGCUUGUCACGCAGCCACCGCGGCCUUGCAUGUUCACCGCGACCAUCCUCACACGGCGGUUUUCCUCCAGAAUCUGGGGCGCAUGCACAAGGUGGUACUCGAGGCCCCCGAUGAGAACACCCUAAAAGACUUGGCUGAGACCUUGCAGCAGAAGAGCAUUGACCACACACUGUGGCUGGAGCAGCCAGAGAAUAUCGCCACUUGCAUUGCACUCCGACCAUACCCCAAGGAAGAAGUUAGCCAGUAUUUGAAGAAAUUCCGAUUGUUCAAAUGA